GCUUUCAUUCACUACGGAUUUGUCGAGUUGCGCUUACCUCUGUACGGUUUUUAUUCAUGUUCUAAUCUAUUUGCUUUUUUCUUGUUACCUACUGCAUGCGUAAAGUGUUUUUAAGCGUGCAGUCUCCAUUUACGCGGACGAGUUCUUCUCGGUGAACUUUUUGGUGUGUUUUUUUCUCAACCUACGUGAGUUGUUUCCUCUCUGCACGCCUCCACUCCUCUCCACCAUGGAUUUGGUUUGGAUUGUGGGCUGCGUUAUGAGCGUCUGCGCCUGGUUGGCUUCAGCGGAGCGACACAGCGUCUACUGGAACAGCACGAACCCAAAGUUUCUCUGGGACGACUACACCGUGGAGGUGAAGCUCAAUGACUACCUGGACAUUGUUUGCCCCCAUUACCCUCAGGGUGAGGUGCCAUUGCUGGAUGCUGAGCGAUACGUGCUGUACAUGGUGGAGCACGAGGACUAUGAAUCAUGCAAGCCCCAAUCAUACGACCAGAUGCGCUGGGAGUGUGGCCAUCCGUUUGCUCCUCACGCCCCUGAGAAGUUCUCAGAGAAGUUCCAGCGUUUUACUCCGUUUACUCUGGGAAAGGAGUUUCGCCAAGGAGAAAGCUACUAUUAUAUCUCCAAACCUUUGCACCACCAUGGACAGGAGUGCCUUAGGCUCAGGGUAGACGUCGUGGCUGCUGAUGGCUCUCAAGAAGCCCGAGUGGCUAAAGGAGGCACAGGUGGGGCUGAAGUUGGAGCUGGGGGUGGGGUUCACAACCCGUCCAACAGACUGCCUGCAGCAGAUGACCCAGUGGUAAUCCUGCCAGACGUCCAGAAGAGUGUACGGUCAAACUCUGAAGUGACAUCCCUCUCAAUCCUCUCAUUGCUAGUCCCAUCAUUACUGCUAUUGUUGCACUGAGAGUAACUUGAAAGGACUGCUGUUGGCAGACUUUUUUUUUCAGGGACUACAAUGAAGACAGUCCGUGGGGAUGAAACCACUGACUCAAAAAGACAGUUAUCCGUGCCCAGUGCUGGCCACAGGGAGAGACUUUUGAAGCUUGUAAAGUACAGAUGGACUCUCUUGCACUACAUGUGCUGAGUAACUCCUGAGCAUUUGAGACAAAGUGUGUGUGCUUAGGCUUAUUUUCCAAAAGGUGACUAUAUAUUUUUUUUUUUUUUCAUGGAAAGACAAAGUUCUCCUUGAUUUGUAUUUUUUUUUUUUUUAGGGCUCUGUCUAAAAACAAAAAAAACAUGAACCUCUUUUGGAUGACAACCCUAUAAGAGAAAAUAUGAAGAAGUUGAAGAGGAACCUAAAGCGGCCGAAGAACAAUCAAGAGCAAAGA